AUGACUACCGCACCCCUCUUUGCACUCACUGGCCGGGGAAAUGACCUGAAGCGUGCACGCGACUUGAUUGCAUCCAUCGGCGGCGUGCUGACUACAAAGGAGCAGGAGGCGGAUUUCCUCGUCGUAUUAAAGGGUGCGGGAAGGCGCAAGGUCGAAGAGUACUACCGCUGCGGAAAGAAAGCCGCAACAGCACCUGAUGCCACUGCUACUGCUGGUGGUGGUGGUGGCCGCCUGUUGCUGCUUGAAAUGCUAGAGGAGUGGAGCACUCAGGGGAAGCCACCACUGAGCCGCGUCAGUCUGGAGGAUGUGCAGGUAAUGAACUUAUUGGGCGCCGCAUCAGCAGCGCGUGGACGUCGCUCGUACGAAGUUCCCGAAGAGUUCUUGAAGCGUUCGCGCGUCACGUUGGAUCCGCAGGGAAAUGAGGUGGAUGAAUCCGAUAAUGCGGUGCUGCUUACACGGCAACCAAGGCCGCUGUCGUCCAAAUGUAGUGCUUCUGCUGCUGCUGCUGCUGCUACAGAGGGUGGUGGUGCGACUGUUGCUGUUCUUGGCACCCGACUACAGGCACGAUUGGCACAUCGGGCACUGUUGCUCGACGACGACACUCCGCCGCACAAAGCGACAGGAGGUGCGGCAAUAACCGAGUCGAAGGGCAACACUGUGAACCCGAUGCGGGCGGCAUUUCGCCAGCGGCCCAAGCCGGAGUGGGACACAUACUUCUCUGAUGGACCCAAGGACAGCAACGGCAACAAUGGCAACAACCACAACAGUAAGAGCAUCACUAGCAGCAGAGGUGGCCGUGUGGACCCUCACGCCAAGGGCAUCGCCGCUGCGGCGACACCGUCUCUUUCCUUGCGGUCGUCAACGAACCGAAUUUGUCCGCAGGGGAAGACCGGCGCAGAGACUGCCUUGGUGCCAGACAUCACGAAGCAGAAUAAGAACGGCGUUGAGAUGACCUUUGAUUUCGCAAAGGGCGGCCCACAGCGUCGCCCCACGGUGCCCUCGCAGAUCCGCAGUAGUAGUGGCAGCGGCGGCGUAAAGGACGCAGGGAAGGCCAACAUGAAGGGAAAGGAACAGAAACAACACCGACAGCAGUCCGGUCCCGUGGACGGGGCCACGUGCACAACAACUGGGCCCGCCGCGCGGGUAGAGCGCCGUGACCCGCGGCCGCUGAAGAAGUCUCGCAGUGACGCAACGGCUCGGCGGCCGGGAAGCGGUCUCCUCGCAGGCGAUGGGACAUUCGGCACCCCGCCGCCGCUCCCACCUCGCCCACAUGAGUCCGCCAGCGCGCGGCCCUCCACCUCGACGACUAAUACAACGUCGACUACGGCGGCGCCUGCUGGUCGAGCGACAACCACACCGGGCUCGCGUUUUGCGAAGCUCUCUUCGUCGUCGUCUGCCAAUGCUGGUGGUGGUGGUGGUGGUGGUGGUGGUGGUGCUGUUGCUUCUUCUUCACGCACAACUGGCUCUGAUUCGCUUCUACUGCGUGUGCGCAAGAGUGCGUACUGCAAGGGUAUUCCCGAGGAGACGUGCGUGACCGUACUACAGCAGGUGGUGGACCGUGCGUGUCCCGUGAGCUUUAACGGCAUUGCCGGCCUCGAGGUAUGCAAGCGCAUUCUCCAAGAGGCAAUCAUUCUCCCCGCGAAGUGCCCACAGCUCUUCACGGGUCUGAGACGGCCGUGCACGGGUCUUCUGCUAUUUGGUCCCCCUGGCAACGGCAAGACCCUGCUUGCCAACGCCGUGGCAAAGGAGUGCAACACAACCUUCUUCAGCAUCUCCGCCGCCGCCAUCACCAGCAAGUGGGUUGGGGAAAGCGAGAAGAUGGUGCGGGCGCUAUUUGCUGUUGCGCGUGCCCUCGCGCCCAGCACAAUCUUCGUGGACGAGAUUGACGCGUUGCUACAGGCGCGCGGCAGUCAGCACGAGGGCGAGGGUUCGCGUCGCAUCAAGACGGAGUUCCUCGUGCAGAUGGACGGCGCCGGCAAUGACACACACGAGGCACGCGUCUUAGUCAUGGGCGCAACAAAUCGACCUUUUGAUCUUGAUGAGGCGAUCAUUCGCCGCUUCCCGAAGCGUGUGCUGGUGCCGCUGCCUGACGCUCCCGCGCGGGAGCAGAUACUCCGCUCUUUGCUCAACACGGAGGAGACGCCCAACAACUUCACCCCCGAUGCAUGGCAGCGCAUUGUUGCCAUCACGGAGGGGUACAGUGGACACGAUCUGCGGCAGCUAUGCGAGGAGGCGGCGAUGAUUCCUGUUCGCGAGCUCCUCGCAGAGAAGCUUCGGAGCGGAGAAGACUUGACCGCGGAGGCGUACCACCACGACCUGCUGCGGCCCCUCACUUUGGAGGAUGUGGAGGCCUGCGUGAAGGCACGCCACCCCAGCUGCUGCCCCAAGCAACUGACGGCGCUGGUGGAGUGGAGCAACACAUACGGGUCCAAGUAG